GUGAUCCGGGGAGAGGAGGAGAGAGAGAGAGGAAGCUAAAAGCUAACAGCUAAAAGCUAAAAGAGCCGAAAACCGUCCGGGUUUUUUUAGCCCCUUUUAUAACGCGUGUAAAGGGCGGCGCCUGUUGCCAUGGCGACGGCCGGCGUGAACCAACGCCCCGCUGGCGUUGCCCAGGCGGCGGAGAAGUCGCAGCUCACCCUGAAAGUCCUCUCCGCCAGGCCCCGGCCCCCGCAGCCCCCGCAGCCCCCGGGCCGGAGCGGGCGGCUCAGCUCCUUCGUGGAGGUGACGGCGGACGGGCUGGCGGGCGAGAGCCGGCGCACCGCCGAGCGCAGCGGCGGCCCCGAGCUGCAGUGGGACGAGGACCUGACGCUGAACGUUACGCCCCAGAGCACGCUGGACCUGAAGGUGUGGAGCUGCCACGCCCUGCGGAAGGAGCUGCUGGGGAGCGCGACCAUCGACCUGCUGGAUACGCUGCGGACCCACGAGGGGAAGAUGGAGAACCUCCGCCUCUCCCUCCCGCUGCGCUCGGAGAGCAGGGCCCCCCCCGGCGGCGGCGGCGGGGAGCUGACCGUCUGCCUGGACGGGCUGGCCGUCGACCCGGGCGCCCUGCAGGGCGGCGACAAGCUACUCCAGACGGACAGACAGACGAGCCUUCGGAGGACCCAGAGCGAGGAGACGCCGGGCGGGGCCAGCCCCCGCGGCAGGACCCACCGGCACUCGGCGGGGGGCUCUCGGGGGGGUUCCCCCGGCGGGGGGCCCCUGACCAAUGGCGACGCGGCUCUGAACGGGGACUGUAGCCCCGGGCCCCGCGGGCGCCACCGCACCUCGAAAGGGGGCCACGGCGGCAGCCCUGGGAGCGCAGGCAAACCCGACCCCCCCGCCAACGGCGUGGAGAGCGGGCGGAGCAGCCCCGCCCAGCCCCCCUCCUCCAACUCCCCCUCCCCGUCACCCCGGGCGACAGCGGCCGCGACGACGACCCCCCCGGAGGGCGGCGGGGCCCCGCCCCCGGCGGAGUUCGGGGAGGCGGGCGGCCCGCCAGCGAACCAGGAGGAGACGGGCUCCGCCCCCGAGCCGGUCACCGAGUCGCUGCCCGCGGGGUGA